AUGAGCACAUGUUGUUGGUGUACACCAGGUGGUGUUUCCACUGUUGACUUCCUAAAGCGGUAUGCAUCUCGGAUCCACACUACUGACUUUCAAACAGCUGAUGAAGACCUCUGCUACUGCCUAGAGUGUGUAACUGAAUACCACAAAGCACGAGAUGAAUUGCCAUUCUUACAUGAGGUUUUAUGGGAAUUAGAAACCUUACGCCUCGUAAAUCACUUUGAAAAAUCCAUGAAAGCAGAAAUUGGAGAUGAUGAUGAAUUAUACAUAGUAGACAACAAUGGAGAAACACAUUUAUUUGACUUCACUGGCCAAGACUUUGAAAAUAAGCUUCGAGUUCCUCUUCUUGAAAUAUUAAAAUACCCAUACCUUCUCCUACAUGAGCGUGUUAAUGAAUUAUGUGUUGAAGCUCUUUGUCGGAUGGAACAAGCCAAUUGCUCCUUUCAGGUUUUUGACAAACAUCCGGGAAUCUAUUUGUUUCUGGUUCAUCCUAAUGAAAUGGUUCGUCGUUGGGCUAUACUGACUGCAAGAAACUUGGGAAAAGUGGACAGAGAUGAUUAUUACGAUUUACAGGAAGUUCUCACUUGCCUUUUUAAAGUCAUUGAGUUGGGGCUGUUAGAAAGUCCUGACAUUUACACUUCCUCUGUCUUGGAGAAGGGUAAAUUGAUUCUUUUACCAUCGCACAUGUAUGAUACUACAAACUACAAAAACUAUUGGCUAGGUAUUUGCAUGUUAUUAACCAUUCUCGAGGAACAAGCCAUGGAUUCUCUACUGUUGGGCUCCGACAAACAAAAUGACUUUAUGCAAUCAAUACUUCACACCAUGGAGAGACAAUCAGAUGAUGAUAGUGUGGACCCUUUUUGGCCAGCAUUACACUGUUUCAUGGUGAUUCUGGAUCGACUUGGAUCUAAGGUCUGGGGUCAACUAAUUGAUCCUAUUGAAGCAUUUCAGACCAUUAUCAACAAUGUAAGCUACAACAAAGAGAUCCAGAAUAUACGCAGCAGCUCUGUAAGGACCAAGCUAGAACCGGAGCCAUUAUUGGAUGAUAUGGUGACUUGCAGCCAGAUUGUAUACAAUUUCAAUCCUGAAAAGACAAAAAAGGAUUCAGGAUGGAGGUCUGCCAUUUGUCCAGAUUAUUGUCCUAACAUGUAUGAAGAAAUGGAAACAUUAGCCAGUGUGCUUCAGUCAGAUAUUGGACAAGACAUGCGUGUUCAUAACAGCACAUUUCUAUGGUUCAUCCCUUUUGUUCAGUCUCUCAUGGAUCUUAAGGAUUUGGGUGUGGCUUAUAUAGUAGAAGUUAUUCAUCAUCUGCACUCCGAAGUGAAAGAUAUUCUCAACCGAAGAGAUGCUGUUUGUGACAAAGUCACAGAAUUUUUUCUUCUGAUUUUGGUGUCAGUAAUUGAACUACAUAGAAAUAGAAAGUGUUUGCAUUUGCUGUGGAUUAGUUCCCAGAAAUGGGUGGAAGCUGUGGUAAAAUGUGCCAAGCUGCCUACUACUGCAUUUGCACGGAGUUCUGAGAAAUCAUCUGGAAAUUGCACCAAAGGAAUAACAAUAUCCUCUUUGUCAUUGCAUUCAAUGCCGUCUAACUCUGUACAGCUUGCUUGUGUACAGCUGAUUAGAAGUCUGCUUAAAGAAGGUUAUCAUCUUGGGCAACAAACUCUUUGUAAGCGAUUUUGGGAUAAGCUCAACUUAUUCCUAAGAGGAAAUUUAUCUCUAGGAUGGCAAUUGACUGAUGAGGAAACCAUUGAAUUACAAACUUGUCUAAAGCAAAUUAUUAAAAAUGUAAAAGUCAAAACCCCUCCAAGUAGCACUUCUAUAGAUCUGCCUCUUACAUGUCUGUCUCCUCCUGUAUCUUCUAAAGAAGAUAAUGAACAGAUAGGGAAGAAGUCCAAAAAAGAUACGUAUUAUCUGGAAAAUUCUAGCCCUACGUUUUCUAAAGAACCAAUAAAAGCUGAUGGGGCUCAGGUGCAAGAGAGUAUAUCGAUCACAGCAAGUAGCACUGUGGCAAAGGACAGUGAGCAAAAUUAUGUAAAAGAUUCAGUACUAGAAGAAGAAGACCAUCUUUCAGCUGAAUCGUGCUUAAAACAGUGUGAAAGCCUUCUUACUGAAAGAUCUCAAGAUCAAGUUAGAAUAAAUACAUGGACACAGAAGUCUAUAAAGGAGAACUUUGCCUAUGUACCACAGAACUGUACUUCAAGAAAUGGUCCAGAAAGGGGGUCUGACAGAGGAGUAACAAUGUCAACAAGUAUGUUUACUGAUCCUGACAUUAGUUCUCUAGAAAAGGUGUCCACAUCAAAUGAGAAUUUCUCUUUAAAGGAUCAUACUCUUGGCAAAACAUUAAAACCAAAAACUAAGGCACAGAAAGAUGAAAUCUGUGCUAAAUUAUCUCAUGUAAUAAAGAAGCAGUGCCGGAAAAGUACUUUGGUCAAUAAUGUAAUCAAUUUAGAAGAAAACUUGAUUGUCUCUAACAUUGAGCGUUCCUAUUCAAGGCAAGAUUCAGAUAGUCAGAAAAAGGAAGACUUCAUACGUAAUCUAUCUUUAGGCCCUAAUGAUAUUUUGAAUGACAAUGAAAGUGGAAGACAAAGCUCUGAAAAUGGUUUAUUGCUGAAAAAGAAACAAAUGAUGAAUGAAAAAUUUGAUAUUUUCUCUUCUCACGAAAAUAGUUGUGAGAUACAAGAAAGCUAUAUUGAUGGUAAAGAUUUGAUCUUUACAGAAGUAACCAAUACUUUAGUGAAGACAACAUCAUCUUUUAAAGAUACCGUGACUAUAUUUGAAUCAAAGGAUAAGGAAAUUAAUAAUAAUACUAAUUAUGUUUCUUCCUACUUGACAGAACAGGCUUCCCACAUUAGUCCCAAGUCAGAAACCUUAACAGAUUCUCAAGUAGACCGAGACCUCCACAAAUUGUCUCUAAUAGCUCAAGCCAGUGUUAUUAAGUUUCCAUCCAAUUCAACUCAAAAAAAAGACUCAUCUCAGCUACAAAAAAAAGUAAAACAUGAUAGAUAUUUUACAGCUAGCCGAAAUCGUGAAUCUACCUUUGUCAGUGAAUCUUGUGAACAGAUUAUUAUUAUUUCCGAUUCUGAUGAUGAUGAUAACAAUAACGAUAGAGUUCUGAGUAUUGAGAAACUUACUAAAAAAGAUAAAAAAUGCAUUAAGAGAGAGUGCCCACAGUUGCAUUCUUCAGUACCUACUACAAAUGUAGAAAACAAUCUAAUAAAAGAAGAAGAAGCCAAUUUUGAGGAAUCUGAGUCUCAGGUUUUUGAGUUUGAAACUCCACUUGAUGUGUUUUCUGUUUGGGAAGAUCAUAAAUCAGAUAAGAAUUUAAUUCAAGACCUUGAAACUAAAUCAUGUUUGACUCAUAUCACUGAGAGCACAAAUGAUUGUGUUUAUAAUACAGAUUAUCUGUCUGGAAAGGUUAUUAAAGAAAAAGCAAAGAACAUUGAAGAACACUCAGAACCAAUGAGUAGUAACAUUUCUUUUGACUUUUGUGAAAAUGAAGUAAAAUCUAAGAGAAAACGAUUAGAAAAACCUGUGACUGAAGAUCUCCAGACACCUUCAACUUCUGUCAUAAGUGAGGACCAAUCUGAUAUUCUUAAUGAAAGAGAGGUUACCAAAACGAAUUUUGAAAAGUCAGCCAUGAGGACUAUAACUCCCAGUUCCAGUAUUCAGAAAACUACUGUGAUUUCACAUAAGAAAUCCUCUCCAAAGCAUAGUACACUCUCAAAACCUAUUAGGAAGGUCCCAGUUUCUAAAACUACUAGGAAAACACAUACAGAUGCCAAAAAAGGGCAAAAUAAAAGUUCACAUUACUUAAGUUGUAGGACAGUUCCUGCUAUAGUUCCACCAAAAAAAUUUCGUCAGUAUCCAGAACCAACUUCAACAGUUGAAAAACUUGGGUUGAAAAAGGCGCCACGUAAGGCAUUUGUGUUAUCUCAGCAAUCUUUAGAGUGUCUAUUUCAAUUACGUGAUCAUGGUAAGACUGUUGGAGAAGUUGAAACUCGUAAGAAAACAAAAUUGAUUUCUCCUCAGACUCUCUCUGUCAAAAAUAAUAAGAAACUGCUGACAAGUCAAGAUCGCCCAUUGCGAAGGCAGGUGCGAGCCAGAUCACACCGAAGUAAACAAAGACGUGUCAGUUGUGGAAAUACUGCUGCAGUGGCUGGGAUACAUACAGCAUUGAACUCUGAUACAUCUCUUCCAGAAUCUGACCAGUUAGAUCAUAGUUACAAUAGAGGAACUGAAGCAACUGCUAACAGCAGUGGAAAACUCCUAAUAAACUGUAACUCUUCUGAACCAGAAACUGUAACAGCAGAAUACAGUCCUCAGGUGGCUGAAACUACUUUGUUGAACCAGUGUGAUCCUGUGGUGUUAAAUGGAAGAACAUCAACAAAUGAAAAAAUUAUCUCUACUUAUGAGGGCUCUUCCAGUAGAAGUGAUUACCCAGUAUGUCAUUCUGAAGUGACUCCUUUGAAAGUAGUUGACUCUGAGUCUAACAGUGAUUCAGAGGAUGAGAAUUUAUUUUUAACACAAAAUGAUCCUGUAGAUAUGGAUUUGUGUUCUCAAAUGGAGACUGCUGCAGUCAUAGAAGUAGAUCAUGGUAAAGAAACAGUUCAGGCAGAAGAUUCUAUAGGGCUACCUCAGUUGGAGUCAUUGAGUAGCAUAAAGUGUAAGCACAGAGAUUGUGUUGAGAACACAAAAAACUGGGAUGACUAUUGUGCAAGACAUACUGAAGCAAAACCAUCAGAUGAUGAUGUAUUUCGUAAACCUGGUUUGCCUCUUUCUGUAUCUAAACCUUUAAGGCCUACUACUACCAAAAUUUUUAGCUCAAGUAGUACUUCAAGAAGUGCUAUUCUUUCUAAAUCUUUAGAAGAUACAGUAUUUCCACCUGUAGUGAAAAAUAAGUCAAAUGGCGUGCAGUCCGUUGGGAAAGGUCCUCUGCCCAUGUGUCUCAUGUCUCAGAAGCCAGUGGGUGAAGGAAAGAAUUUCUGCAGUGUUCUUUCUCAGGCUUCAAAUAAUUCCAGUAAGAAAGGUUACAAACUUCCAUUAGGUGAAAGCAAAUCUUUUCCAUCUUCUUCUCUAGUAAAUAUUCUCUCAUCUCCUGAGUCCAUAUGUGAUACCUUUGUUAAAGAGAUCUUAAAAUGGAAAUAUGAAAUGUUUGUGAACUUUGAUCAGUGUGGACCUCCAGCAAGUCUUUCUCAAUCCAUUUCAAGACCUGUACCUGUUAGAUUUCAAGAUUGUGGAGAUUACUUUGAUGUUUUUCUUCCUUUGAUGAUACUGAAUACUUUUGAAACAGUUGCACAGGAGUGGCUCAGUUCUCCAGAUAAAGAUAUUUUUCAUCAAUUGCAUGUACGGAAAUUUCCUGCUGAUUAUAAAAAAUACUGGGAAUUUGUGGUUUAUCUUGAGGAAUCUGAUCUGGUUAAGCAGUUUCAUCCAAAGGAAAAUGACUUGGUAUUUUUGGUUCCUGAAAGACAAAAUAAAGAGAACAAUACAGAAAGAAAUCUCCUACAAGAUCCCUAUGAAUAUUAUUGUGGUUAUGUUUAUAAAUUUCAUCGUACUUCAGUCAUGCGUAAUGGAAAAGCUGAGUGUUCCCUUUAUAUCCAGACUGAAGACAAUUUGCCUGUUAAUUUAAAUGAACUUGUGAAAUGUGUUGUAAUCAGUUCUCUGGUAACUACACAAAGGAAAUUAAAAGCUAUGUCUUUGUUGAGUGGUCGAAACCAACUGGCCAGAGCCAUUCUGAAUCCAAACCCUAUGGAUUUCUGUACCAAAGAUUUAUUAACUACAACAUCUGAGAGAAUUAUUAACUACUUAAGAGAUUUCAAUGAAGACCAAAAGAAAGCUAUAGAAACUGCCUAUGCUAUGGUGAAGCAUUCACCAUCAGUUGCCAAAAUUUGUCUUAUUCAUGGACCACCUGGAACAGGAAAAUCAAAGACUAUUGUUGGCCUCCUAUACCGCCUACUGACGGAGAACCCAAGGAAGGGAUAUUCAGAUGAAAAUUCCAAUGCCAAAAUCAAACAAAACCGUGUCCUUGUGUGUGCACCUUCCAAUGCAGCUGUUGAUGAACUUAUGAAAAAAAUUAUCGUCGAGUUCAAGGAAAAAUGUAAAGACAAGAAGAAUCCUUUGGGAAACUGUGGAGAUAUAAAUUUAGUACGACUGGGGCCAGAAAAGUCAAUUAAUAAUGAAGUCCUAAAAUUCAGUUUGGACAGCCAAGUUAACCACAGAAUGAAAAAAGACUUACCUUUUCAUGUUCAGGAGAUGCAUAAAAGGAAAGAAUAUCUAGAUCGUCAGCUUGAUGAACUUUCUCGCCAGCGUGCUUUGUGCCGACAUGGAAGAGAAAGACAGAGACAAGAAUUAGAUGAAAAUAUCGCAAAAGUGUCAAAAGAAAGGCAGGAACUUGCUUCUAGAAUAAAAGAGGUUCAAGGACGCCCACAAAAAACACAGAGUAUCAUAAUCUUGGAGUCCCAUGUCAUCUGCUGCACUUUGAGCACAAGUGGUGGUUUAAUCCUUGAGUCUGCUUUUCGUGGACAAGGAGGUGUCCCCUUCAGUUGUGUUAUUGUUGAUGAGGCUGGACAGUCUUGUGAAGUUGAGACUCUUACUCCACUUAUCCAUCGUUGCAAUAAGCUUAUCCUUGUAGGAGAUCCCAAACAGUUGCCUCCCACAGUCAUUUCUAUGAAGGCUCAAGAGUAUGGCUAUGACCAGUCAAUGAUGGCUCGUUUCUACAAACUCCUGGAAGAAAAUGUAGAGCAUAACGUGAUCGGCAGGCUUCCUAUAUUACAGCUCACUGUCCAGUAUAGGAUGCAUCCAGACAUAUGUCUGUUCCCUUCUAAUUAUGUGUAUAACAACAGUUUGAAAACAAACCGACAAACUGAAACCAACCGAUGUUCAUCAGACUGGCCAUUUCAGCCUUACCUUGUCUUUGAUGUAGGAGAUGGUUCAGAAAGAAGAGAUAAUGACUCUUAUGUUAAUGUUCAAGAAAUAAAAUUGGUGCUGGAAAUAAUUAAACUUAUUAAAGACAAACGAAGGGAUAUUUCUUUCCGAAAUAUUGGCAUAAUAACCCAUUACAAAGCUCAGAAGAGGAUGAUUCAGAAUGAUCUGGACAAAGAGUUUGAUAGAAAAGGAUCAGCAGAAGUAGAUACUGUAGAUGGUUUCCAAGGUCGUCAAAAAGAUUGUAUUAUUGUUACAUGUGUCAGAGCAAAAGCUGUGCAAGGCUCAAUUGGGUUCCUGGCAAGUUUGCCGAGAUUGAAUGUCACCAUCACUCGCGCCAAGUACAGCCUCUUCAUCCUUGGACAUUUGAAAACUCUCAUGGAAAAUGAACAUUGGAAUCACCUAAUUCAAGAUGCUCAGAGGCGUGGUGCCAUUAUUAAGACCUGUGAUAAAAACUAUCGGCAUGAUGCCAUGAAGAUUCUGAAACUGAAACCCGUACUACAGAGAAGUCUGAUUCCACCUCCUGCUGUAGGCUCCAAGAUGUCCAGACCUCAGGGAGACUUGCCUAGCAACAAACUAGACAGUGGAUGUGCCAUGCCAGCUAGUUCUUCUGUGUGCCACAGUCCCACUGACUCCAAGGAAGCUACUGUUACCAUCACUUCAAAGGAUCCUGAAAGACCUCAUGUUCAGGAUCAACUUCGGGACCCACGACUGCUGAGAAGAUUGGGCUCUGAAGUCAUAGAAAAAUUAGUAAGGGAUCUACAGACUUUGAACCAUCUGCAGUCUGGACCAACACCUCCUUCAGGAGAGCCAAGCUUUCCUAUAACUUACCAGGAUCUUGAAAAUAUUGUGCAGCAGUUUACUGUUAAUGUAGCCACUGCAAGCAGCUACAGACCUCUUAUGCAGUGUGAAUUUGGAGUUGCUAGUGCUGAUGCUUCCACAAGUAAAAGAAAAUGUGACCAGGAAGGAGACCUCAGCCACAGAAAAGAGAUUAAGGUUUUCAGUGAAGGGGAACAAGAAAUGUGUAGCUCUGUGACCCAUCAGAGAAACUCUGUCUGGGACAUGAGACCUGAGGAGGAGGACAAUAAUUCAAAGAAAAGGAAAAUUUUAUAG